AUGUGCGAUGAGAACCUCUACGUCGACGCUUGGUGGGCUGCGGUCAGCAGUCAUUGCAGCAGGCAGAUCAUCGAGACGAAGGAUUUCUUCAACGUGAACGAAGCACUGUCUGGAGUUCCCCAGCCGAACGUCACCGGCGGCGAGCCUCCAGAGAUCGAGUUCGACGACGCACUAGCACGCUGGAUGGAUGGAAGGGAGAUACACAACCCCACGAAGGAGGAGGAGCGCAUCCACCACAAGGGCGUGCUCGCAGCCAAGCUGAAGGAGCUCAAGUCCUGGGUGGAGCUCGAAGCCUUCUGCCCCGUGCCUAGAGGAGCUGGCAAGAACGUCAUGGCUGGACGUUGGGUGCUGCGGUGGAAGAUCAUAGACGGCGCGAAGGCUGUCAAAGCGCGCCUGGUCAUUCGAGAUUUUAUGGACCAGCAGCAGGGCGGCCUCGACACAGCCAGCUUCGCUGCAAGGCGCACUUCACAGCGCCUCGUCCUCAGUGUCGGAGUGCAGUAUGGUUGGGCCAUCUUCAGCUGGGACAUCGGCAACGCGUUCCUGAGGGGGCUCAGCUUCGCGGAGAUCAAGGAGCAGGGUGCGGAGGUCAUGCGAGAUGCGUGCUUGGAUCCACCGGCAGACGUCUUCUCCAUCUUGCAAGAGUUCAAGGCAUUCAAGGGUGCCAGCAAGCCGACGCACCUGCUCAAGCUCCUCAAGGGCGCUUACGGUUUGAAGGACGCCUUUAGGUUAUGGAAGCUGCGCCUGGACCAGUAUCUAACUUCAGAACGAGGGUUUGAGCACUGCGGUAUCCAGCACAAGCAGCUAGACGACGGCAGCAUCACCAUCACUCAGGACCACUACAUCAAGGAGCUCAAGCCGAUCCCGCUCACAGCAGAACAGAGGUCGUCGCCGGGUGAUGUGGUGGGCGACGCCCUACAUGGACACUUUCUCGCACUAGAGGGCGGUCUAGAAUGGGCCGUCAAUACCAGACACGACAUCGCGGUCUACGUGGGAGCUCUCCAGCGUCACCAGAGGGCCCCCACUAUCAUGGAUGUGAUUAAUCUGAACCGCGUGCUGAGGUGGGCCAAACGCAAGCACUGCGUGAUUCGCUUUGAGAAGAUGUUGCCGCCAUUGCGUAUUCUUGUCAUUAGCGACUCAGCUUUCAAACGAGAGAACGGUGAGUCUAUGGCGUGCCGUGGACACAUACUUGCUUUGGCUGAGAAGCAGGACGACAACCCAGGCGGCAGAGCUCAUUGGCUAGAGGCCGUGUCCAAGCGACAUCUUCGAGUGACGAGAUCGACCUUCGCUGCAGAGAUCAACGGCAACUGGCCUGUGCGCAUGGAAGCGGUCAUCGACGCGGACUCCGUUUUCAAGUCCGUGACCGCCCAGGGCGUCAAGUUGCCGCUUGAGGAGUCACUCAUCAGUAUCGUGAUGGCCGUGAGAGAACAAUUUAGUCUUGGCCUCUUGGAGCGACUGUGGUGGUGCAGUGCGGUCGAUAUGCUAGCGGACGCCAUGACCAAGGGCGCGUGCGCACGAUAA